UUACCAGUGACAGGCGUCGAAUGCGUUCAUUGCUUGCUUGUAGGUCUUGGGCACCUUGGAUGCGAAGAGCUGUGGCGUUGGAAGUGGUUGACGGGUCUGUUGCGAUGCCGGUGGCCUCGCUAGUGCUGCCGGUGCGUCGGUGUCGACGAUCAUGCUUGGCAUCGUGUCGUCCACAUCGUCAGCAACACACAGGCGCUCGAUGACGGCGAAGAUGUUGUCCUCGUACAGCCACCGAGGGAUGAGGCGGUUUCGGCCUGAUCUUCGGUGCUCGGCGUUGUCGUCAUCUGCCCCCUCUUCCUCUCGAAUGACUCGGUAGUCGUCAGCGGCACCUCCAUCGGUAUCAGCGGCGGCUUCUUCUCCAUCUUGACCGGCCGGCGGUAGGGCUGGUGCUGCUGGCGGUCCUUCGAGCAGUGCAGAGCUGUCAGGCUCUUGAUCUUGGUUGUGUUGGUCGACACGCUCAUCUUCUUGAUGCUCACAAUGUCGGUCAUCUUCGGGUUGCUGGGCACGAUGGUGGUCUUGAUGGUGGUCGGUCUGCUCGUCAGGUGAGACGGGCGUCUGAGGGUGCACCAAAUCAAUCCCUAGUGGUCCUCUUGGUUGCUUCUCCUUUGCAGGAAACACGUGCUCGUCCACUUGGACGUCUCGUGAGAUGACGAAUUGACGAUCAUCAGGUAACCACACCACAUAGCCAUCCUUCGUGUUGGGGUCGAAGCCGACGAGGAUGCCCAACUUCGCCCGUGGCUCCAGCUUGCCCCUCUGGUCCUUUCGCUGAUGCACAUAUGCUCUCGCGCCGAAUGUGCGGAUAUGCUUGAUGCAUGGCGGGUAACCCCAGAAAAGCUCAAAUGGCGUCUUCUCUGAUGGAUUUGUCUUGGUUGGCAUUCGAUUCUUGAUGUAGGUGGCGGUCUUCGCAGCAAAACACCAAGAAGAUGGGGGAAGGCCGGAUUGGAAGAGUGCUGCACGGGUCAGCUGACACACCACACCAAUCGUUCGUUCUGCCACGCCGUUUUGUGACUGAUGGUGUGGUAGGCUUUGAUCUUGGCGUAUCUGGUGCUGCUCACAGAAUGCCUUCCAUGUGCCGGCGAUGAGUUCGGCCCCUCCAUCGGUUCUCACUGCUUUGGGCAUGCGGACGGCCGUGCAGUAGUGCAUAAACGCCUUCGGUGCGAUGGACUUUUGCUUGAGAAAGUAGGUCUGCAUAUAACGGCUGUGGUCGUCCACCAUGACCAUCAGGUACUUGAACCCUCUCUCGCUGAGUUGCUUGAUCUGCGCCAGGUCGACGUGAACUAGAUCACCAGGCGACGAAUGGCGGAAUGCAUUUCCCAGGUACGGACGAAUCUUCAUCUUGGCUUGGACACACACCUCGCACUUGCGCUGCUCUCCCUCAUUCUUCUUGCCUUUCUUGACCACAGGUGCGUUGCGACAUACCUCAGGAAGUCGGUCGACGGCUGCAUCGUGGUAGUGGAGGAAGCGCUGAUGGGCAAGUUUCUCACUGAUGACCUCGGCCACCAUUGCUCCUGUUUGCUCGCCACCUUCAUCAGCAGGUGAACAGGGAAACGCGCCAUCACCACCACGCGGGUCGAUGAUUCUUCCUGUUGCUGUGGCUGUCGUGUGCUCUGCCGCCGGUAGAGCACGUGGCUGUGAGUAGAUGGGGCAGUCGUUGGCAUCCCUGUAGAUGUCCAGAUACCAGAAACGACCACGUCUGACAAGCGGGUAGCGGUCUCCUCUCCUUGUUGCGGUCAUAUGGGCUGCACCGGGGCCAAUAAGAAACUCGAUGCAGGAUUGGUCCACCAGGUGAGCGACGGAGAAGAGAUUGAACUUCAGAUCAGGCACAUACAGCACACCAUCCACACACACGGUCUUCUUGCCGUUGUUGACCUCUUUACAGGUGUACUUGAUGCGGCCGACUCCUCUGGCUGGUACGGACGUGCCAUCGGCCAUGACGAUCUUGAUGUGUCGGUCAAGCGGCUUGAUUUCGUCGAAGAGAAACUGCUGGUGGCAGCAUGUCUUGCCGGCUCCUGAAUCGAUCAUCAUGGAGGUAGGUCUCACAGACACAGCACUGACGUUGACCACUUCUUCCUCGCACUCAACGGCCGUGACGGUCCCCACCAUUUCCAGGUCGGUUGCUCUCUGCUCGCAGGUGUCGUCGGUCUGAUCACACCCGUCGAGUUGAUUCGUGUGGACGCGCCGAUUGCGGUUGCCCAUGCCGUUCGUGCGCGUCGCAUUCAUGAUGACCUCUCCGUCCUUAUCGUGACGAACGAUGGGCUGCUGCUGGCGUCCAUCGUUGCUGCUCGGGUACGCGCGGAAAGGCACCCCUGAUGAGUUCCACUGAUUGCCAUUCCUUCUGUUGUUGUUGUGGUUGUUGUAGGUCUGGCUGUUGCCGUUUGGUUGGCGUCGCCAUUCGUAGCGGCUGUCACGAUUGUCUCGGUAAGGCCGUUCGUUGUUCCUGUUGCCUCCCUGAUAUGUGUCAGGUCGAUUGCCGUUGUGUGGUUGACCAUGUUGGCGUCCGUUCUGGUUGCCCUUCUGUCGAAAGCGGUCACGCUGCUGGCUCAUCCUUCUCGCAUGCUGCAUGCGGUCGUUGGCAUUGCGGAGGGCUUCCUCGAAUUGCUCCCAUGUGAGGUCGUUGAAGCGGUAGUCCAACGAGCUCUUGAAGCGCUCAAAUCGAGGAGGUAGGGCAUUCACCAUGACGGCUAUCUUGGUGUUGUCGGUUGGUUUCUCUCCCAUGUCGCUCAAUUGCUUCGCCAGGAAGUUGAAGUCGGUGAGAGCGUCGUCGAUGUCAUCCUUCUCCAUCUGGUACUGGAAGAAGUUGCGGAGGACCUCGUGCCGACAGACGACUCGCUCAGGUACGCACCGCUUGCGCAACUCCCAAUAGGCACGUGCACCAUUCUCGCCAUACUUGUCGAAUGACUCCUGGAUGAUCCGUUUCGCCUUGCCUUCCGUGUGCAGGACGAGGAAGCCGAAGAGCUGUCGUAACACACUCCUCUCCUUCGUUCGCUGCUCGUCAAGGUCUCCAUCCUCAUUCGGUACAGGUAACCCAGGAAUGUCUUCUUCCUUCUCAGGCAUCAGACGCUCUGUGGGCAUCUCCUUGGCCAGGAGGAAGGCUCUAAGGGUAACUUCCCACUCACGCCAGUCGUCCUUGCCUCCAUCAAAGGCACGGAUGACGGUCUUGGGGUCGAAUGUAAGAAUGGGCUGCGCCAUUGCUGCUGCUCUUCUUGCUGCUCAGGUCGAUCGGUCAGGAUCGUCACACUGGCUGCUACUGAAGAGGCGCUUGACGCUGAAGAUGUCUUUCGGGGCUGACAACACCGAGAGAAUGCGGGCUGAUAGACCGGUUUGGAUCUAUCAGCUGCCGACAGACAGACGAUAGACAGGCUGCUGCACAGACAGACUGCCGAGAGGCGGAUGAUAGACAGGCCUGUUAGGAUCUGCCCAACUGCCGAUCAGGCGGAAAA